AUGCCAGUAAAAAAUAUAUAUGAGAGCACUGAGAAAAAACGGAAUCGAGAAAAACGCUGCACAUUAAAGGUUGCCGUAAUUUGUGCUGUUGUUACUGCAAUUUUGACUGGAGCUGUUGCUUCUUCCAUUACAUGGAUAUUGCUAAAAGAUUCACAAUGUGCACAACCCAUAGUAAAAACCAACCAAGAUUUGGAUUUCCCUGAGUUGCGACACAGAGCCUUACGUGAAUGUUUGGAUGCAACAGAACAGACCAAAAUUGAAGCAACUGACAUUAUUGCAACAAACAAUAUCGGCGUUAAAGAUUGCUUGGCAAAGACCAACAUGAUUGAUAGCAUUGGAAUAAAUGUUACCAAAACGAUGCCACAUCUACAGGAUACCUGUCCCUCUGGCGACUACUUGUUAGUAAGGCGUAAUGACAUCGUUAAUGACAGCGACAGUCAUGUUCGUCCAAUGUGUGCGCAAAUAGUUAUUGGGAUUCUGACAGAGCAAUUGUUAUACUCCAGAGAGCAUUGCUUCAACCUUGCAUGUAAGUCCAACGCAAAUGUUGUGUAUUACGAUCCAAAGGUGGAGUGCGCAGCGUAUAAAUGUGAAUCGGAUUCAAAUGAAUUAGACUGGGAGUACAAGUGGACAUAUGCCGCGCCUGCUACAGGGAGAACAUAUGCCCGGCCACAUAGUUCUGCAAAACCGUGUCAUAACUCACAUUUCAUGAAAAGAUCAUUGGCAAAUGUUCGGGCGACUUGUUUUAGUAUUUCAUAUACGACCGUUGAGACCGAGAGCGUAUCAGAAUGUAUGGAAAAGGCAUGUUCGGAUAAAGCAAAUACUUUCAACGUUAUAUCCCUACGAAGUAAUUUAAUGAAAUGUGAAACACAGCACUGUGGGUGGGAUGUCAUAAAGGACGACUAUGUAUUCAAUCUACGGCAAAAUGAACAUGGACUUUCGCAGGUAUAUAGUCUUUCUCAUAUAUUCAAACCUUGUAAGAAUUUACUCAAAACUCAACCAGUCGAACUUCCGAAUAACGUUCCCGGGAAAUGUGGAUCCCCAGGCUACUUCGACAGAAACCUGGCAAUUUCGACCGAACAAGAAAUACCAAAUGACUUCUGCGAAUCGGGAUCAAAUACCUUUGUAGAGCAAAAGGGGGAUAAAAAAUACCUUGCCUAUAAGUGUAAUUCUAACCAUGAGGGGACAAACUGGGCAUUUUAUGAUAAUAACUGCUAUGGCGACAGUGUAUUUUCAAAGUGGUGGAUUGUUCCUUAUCCAGGAACCCCGAAUUGUAAAUCAGAUAUGUUCACUCUGAGGCGUAUGGGAGCAUCCUGUCAGAAGUCAAAUUGUGACUCGAGUGGUUCCAAGAAAGUCUCGACUGCUCGGGAUUUACGACAAUGCAUGCUACAUGCGUGUGAGAAGGGCUACAAUGUCAUUAACUAUUUUAGUAACGCAACCGUUGUUCUCUGUGAGCUGAGGAAUUGUAGCAGGUCUGAAGACAAUGACUAUGACUUUCAGUAUCAAACUACAGGUGGAAUCCAUGGAUACGAUUUAUAUGCACUACAGCCUGAUUCUAUCUGCAGAAGUCAGACAAGUAACCAUCUGUACGCUAAAUACACGUCUUCGUAUUACGCCAAACCCGACAAAACAUAAUAAAAAGAAACAAGUUGAUGAACAGUAUAAACGUUGAGUACUCCCGCGAACCUCAAAGUUGGUUUUGUCCUUAGACUCAAUAUUACGUGAUCACCCGUUGCUCGAUAUAUUUCUAGUGGCAUUGUAUUAGUGAAUCCUUUAUUGACACAUUUCAACUUUCAUUUAAGUAAAUUUAAUUUUAAAUAUAUUUCAUUCAGCACAUUUAUCUGUUUAUUUGGCACAUUUUACCAAAACAUAUAUCUUAAUCUGACAUACAAUUGUGACCAACGUUACCAAGUGCAUUUUAUCAUACAAUCCUUGGACUAUAUCGAGUUCUUCCUAAACAAAGUUGUCCCAUUCAGAUUUUGAUAAUGACAUUAGAUAUCGAUGACUGAAAACCAGAGUAUGCCAUGUUAAAAGGGACUUUACGUGAUAUAUGGCAUGUUU